AUGUCCGGCUUUGAGAUCGCCGGAAUUGUUCUUCGCUCUUUCCCUAUCGCCAUCAACGCUCUGGAAGCACAUACCAAAAUCGCGCAUCGGCUCGGCCUCUUUUACAAAAUAAGGCUUGAAUACAAGAAAUGGCGUGAAGAUUUGGAGUUUCACAAAUUGACGUUUACAACAAAUUUGAGGAAGCUUCUACUUCCCCUAGUAGCUGAUGAACAAAAGAUUAAAGAACUUCUGCUAUCACCUGGAGGCGACUGUUGGAACGAGGAACGCAUCGCCGAACUUUUGCAGAAGCGACUUCAAGAGUCCUAUGGAGUGCUUGCAAUCGAUUCCGAGUGGACGCAAAGACUACUUGAUAAUUUUGUAAGCGAGUUUAAUACACGUAAAUACAACAGAGGAAUUAAUCAGCACCAUCAGGAGCAAAAUACAACUGGCCCAGAUACAUUUCGAUCAUUUGUUGCCAAAAAGGGGCUUCAAUUUCUGAUUUACAUCUUCAAGCUGACCAAAAAUGACUCCAUUCGAAAAAGACUCUUCAAUGAAGUCAAUGAAUGCAACGGCAAGCUAGAGGCGCUACUCAAAGCUAGUAAUAAAGACGCACGUUUGGUGAAUGAUAGAAAACCAAAACAUCAGUCAGAAGAUAUGGAUAUAGCUAUAUGCGAUUUUUGGAAAAAGGCCAAAAAUGUCUUUCAAGCGCUAGCUUCUGCCUGGGUCUGUCAAUGUCAGCAGCACGGAGCAAAAUUGCUACUUCAACAUCGAACAGAAGCGAAGGCCGAACUUGAUAUCAUAGUAACAGGCUUCAACCUAUCCGAUUUGGUAGUUUCACAAGAUCAGGGUUUCGGAAAGUGA